UUGCAUUUUUUUUUUAAGUUCCAAAGAUAUGCAACACUGAGAAAUAUUUUACAUACAUAUGAAAAUAUCUUUUAAAGAUAUUUUUAGAAAUCUAAAGAAGACAUCUAUGUGUAACAUACUUUAAAAAAUUUUAAUUUUAUGUAUAUAAUUUUAUAAGAAUUUUAUAUUGUCUUUAAUAAUCCUUUAGAAUGUUUCUUAAACAUCCAAAAAUUAUCUAGUAAAAUAAAAAUCCGAGAGAUAUCUUUUUGUAUAAAAUUUUUCCAAUUAUUAAUCUGUCGUUCUAUCAUCGCAAAUGUAAACCAAUUGCAUCAGCAAGUUAUCCGUUGAAAACGGUAUUUGACGCCCGAUGACGUCAGCGAGCGCCCACACGGUAAUGGCGGUGGACGCACACAUGCAUGCCAUAUUUGACACAUAUGUGGGAUAAUCAAAUAAUGUAACUCGACGAUUUUUCCGGAGAGUUCUUAUCGGAGAUCGGAGGUGUUCUCGCUCGCAAAAGAGCAAAGGAGAAGGAGGAGGCGCGUUUCCGGCGUUACCGCUAUGUCCUCCGCGUCGUCGAACGACCCGCGUCCCGCCGCCGUAGUUCGGAUUCCCUGUGUUCGCGCCACCGUUCCACGAACUUACGGUUCGAGUCCACGUAAACAGCGUGCGCGACUGACGUCUGUCGCGCGAGGACUCUGAUUUCGUACAGGCGCUUAUCGCGCGCUUAUCGGUACCGACCAACCGAUCGCCAUCAUUUCCGUUUUGUCAGGAUGUUCAAGAAAUUUAAGGACAAGCUCGCGGAGGAGAUGAAGCAGUCGCCCGCGAGGCUGCAGGCGAGCGUACAGCAACUAGCACAGGCGGUGGUAUCGCCGGCCCUGUCCAACAGCUCCAUUCAAGAGGUAUCAGCGUCGAAUGACAAUUUCAGUCUGAUGGAGGAUGGAGAUGAAACUCCAAAGAAUACACCGGCAAAGCACAGUUUCCAGAGCGUCGACCUGAUGUCGCCGUCGCCGAAUCGUGUGGAAAUCUCGAGAAGAUCAUCGGUGAGCAGCGUCACUAGCGACGCGUCCUCGUUGUUCCCGAUGUAUGAGAGUCCACCGAAUUUAUAUCACCUACAGUCGGACAUGGAUCAGUCGGCUAGCGAGGUGGAUGACAACAUCAGUCCUCAUCUCGACAGAGUUACAAAGGACCAAUUGUACUCCGCCUAUCGAAAAGUGCAAACUAAAUAUCACAAGUAUCGCGGCAGGUACACGGAUCUAGCCACGCACUACCGCGAAUUGGACAAAGUAAAAACCAGGCUGGAGUCUGUACUGGUCGAGACGCAGGACAAGGUUCUAAGGAGAAUAGCCGACUUGAAGGAGCAAUGUCAAUUAGAGCAACAGGCGAAAGCACACUUAGAAGACGUGUUAAGAAACGACAUAGAGGAGAAAGAUCAUAUUAUAAAUACGUUAAAUACGAAGAUAAAAUUAUUACAAGCGACCGGACCUUCGUUAGAGAACUCUUUAGUAUCGGAGGACACUCAGCAAGAGAAUGCUAAGGUGAAUUUAAUCGAUUUGACGAAUGAAUCGUCGAGUGACGAGACCAACGCGCUGUCAAUAGAAAAUACUCAGUUGAAAGACAAGCUGAAAAAACUGGAAAGCCUCGUUUUGAAAUACAAGGAAUCCUUGAAGCGUAACAAGGAGAAAUUCACGGAAGUGAUGAAGGAGAAGAACACUUUGGAGACUGAUCAUGAGGCGUUGAAGAAUUCCACUGCCGAGAGAAUAAGCGCCGCAGAGGGUGAAUUGAGUGCGGCCCGUACCGAGAUUGAAAAACUAACCGAACAAAUUGACACUUUGCACAAACGUGAGGAGGAGUCUGCGAUUUCGUUAGCUGAGAAUAAACUUUUCGUGCAUCGGGAACUCGAAGGGAAAGAGGAGCAGAUUAAGCAACUGCGGAUCGACUUGAAGCACGCGACGGAAGAUAGGGAGGAAUUAAAGGAGACAGUGGCGAGAUACAAGGCUGAAUUGAGCGAACUCAAAUCCCUAAAUGCUGAUUCAAGUAUAGCUGCGGAUAAAGGCGCGACGGCGCACGACACGUCGAAAAACAAGACUGAAGCGGCGAAAUCUAUGCAGCAAGCGGGAACAAAACAUCACGAGGAAGUCGAUCGCAACAAAGAGGCGAGAACGGAGGACGAGAACAUACUGGAUGAAAUUAAGCUUCGUUUGAAGGAAAAAGAAGCCGAGUUGCGGGAACUGCAACAUAAAUUGAACGAAAUGGAGAAACAAAAUGUAGAAUACAGACAUAAUAGAGAAACGUUGCAAAACGAGCUGCUUGCUUACAAGGUCGCGCAUUCGGAUCUGAAAAAGGAAUAUGAUGCAUACAAAAUUAUCACGGAAGAGAAACAGAAGGACGCCGACUCGACGAUUGAGAAUCUCCAAGCAACCGUGCAAAGUGUCGACAAGGAAUUAGAGAACAUGAGAAACGCAUUGAUUGACAGGGAUCAGGUGUGCGAGAAUUAUAAUAAAAAGGUACAGCAGUACACAGUCAUGCUCGAUAAGGCCAAGCACAAGUUGACCGAACAAGAGACAGAAAUAAAAUCUCUGAACGAUAAAGUGGAGGAGUUUUCUGGGUUGCAAGAAAAAUUAGAGAAUAAGAAGACCGAAUUGAAUGCAAUGCGAAGUGAGUUCGAGCUUUGCACAUCUACGAUCGAUGACCUUAAAAAUAAGAUCCAGGCGGACAGUUCGGUUAUAAGUUUACUGAAGAAAGAGAGGAGCGAUUUGAUAAAUUGUCUUAUUUAUUGCAACGAUUACAUGCGGCGUUUGAAACAGGACUGUAUGGACGUUAAAAAUAUCAUCGCGGAAGAGUUCUUGCAUCAGAAGGCCAAGAUAUCGGAUGUGAACACAACUCUUGCCGUGUCGUUUGCGAAGCUCGAAGAAGAGAACGUAACGCUAAAGUCCGAAAUCGAUGGAUUGCGUACGAAAUUAAAGGAUUUAGAGCAACUUACGCUCAAAGAAGCGGAAUCGCAAUCGGAAUUAGCGCAAGUUAUUAGUCACAAGUCCAUAUUGGAAGCGGAAUUGAGAGAAAGUAAAGAACGAUUAAAGGAGAUGACACUGAAGAGUGACCAGUACGACGAGCUCAAUACGACGAAUAACAAAUUAAUAGCCGAAAUCGAUAAUCUAAAUUUUAAACUUCACGAUCUGGAAGCGACGUCGCAUAAGUUGAUCCAGUCGCAGGAAGAAGUGAGAGUUCUGCGAGAACGGCUGAGAACAUUGGAAAAUCUCGAGUCUGCAAAUCACGCGUUGUCUAUCGAAAUCGACGACUUAAGGGAAAAGCAUACGCAGGCCAGCCGUGCUUUCAAGGAAAUAGACGAAUUGAAUGUGAAGCUACGUGAGGCAACUGAUGUUAUUGACUCACUAAGAUCGGAGAGCAGCGGUCAGGAUGCGCUGCAGAAGGAGUUAUACGUUUCGAGAUCAGAAAUUUCUCGCUUAAAGGACGAUCUAGCUGAGAAGGAAAACAAGAUAAAGACUUGCGAAGAGAAACUAGCGAGCGAGGAGGAACAUGUCGCGCAUUUAAAAUCUACAUGCGACAGCCAUAUACAAACAAUUGAGGAGCACGUGAGGAAGUAUUUAAAUCUAGAAGCGGAGUACCAAGCGACGAGGGAGAAUCACGCGAGGGAAACUGCUGAAUUGAUGGAAAGCAACAAAACGCUGCAGGAAACGGUGAACGUCAAACUCGUGCAAUUGAAAAAGAUGAAGACUAUUAAAGAGCGGCAGGGUAAAACGAUCGAGGAGGUGAAGGCCGAACUUGAGGAAUCAAAGGCACGGCAAGCGGAAUUAUCCAGCAUGUUGGAGACCUCCGAGAACCAAAUAAAAUCGUUGAAAGUGGAAAACUCGCAGCUCGCGACGAUCAGCCUGGAGAAUAAGGAUCUGAAAGACAAAUAUAAUGAUCUCUUGAGCUGUAACCAGAAGCUCUGUGAAAACGACGAGAUUCUGAAACAGAAAAUCAUUAAUUACGAGAAGGAAAUUGAAGAAUUGCGUGGAACAGCCAAGAAUUACGUGGAAUCGUAUAAGUCCCAGCUGAACAGUCAGAGCGAGGAGGCAGAACGUUUGAGCAACGAAUUAAACAUCGUAAAUGCACAGCUCGAGCGUAAAGAUGCGGAACUGAAUUCACUAAAUGAGAGAUUGGUAAUAAGUAAGAAAGAAUCGCUAGAGAUUAAAAGGGAACUUGACGAGCGGAAUGCAGAGUUGAAGGACAAACUUUCCGAAUUGAAUGCAGCUGUGACGAACGGCAAUGUUACAAGGGAAGAAAACGAGCGGCUCUGCGCGGAGUUAAAAUCGCUAAGGGAUAAAGUUAAAGGAAUUAAAGACGUGGAGGAUAAAAACGCGAAGUUGAUGUCGGAGCUUAACGAUUUAAUUCAAAAGAGUUCCAACGCAGAAGCGAUAUGCUCGGAAAACAAUAUGCUGAUUGCUGAGCAGAAAGCUUUAAGAGACAAAAUUGCUGAAUUGGAGAGUGUAAAUUCUAACAGCAUAGAAUUGCAAACACAUGUAAAUAAUUUACAAUCUAAAGUGUCCAGUUUAGAUGCUUUACGGGCGGAAAACAAUAGACUGCAAUUGGAAGUCGACGCUUUGCAGUCCGGGAAGAGUUCGUUAACGGAGUCGGACGUCUUGAAAGAUUUACUGACGGCAAAGGAUGCAGAGAUCAAAUUGUUGGAAGAUAAAAUAUCCAACAUGUCGCAAGAGAUUGGGAAUUUAAGACGGUUCUCGCACGAAGUCGACGAAAGAAGGAAGGGCGCGGAUACGCUGAGAAAUUCGCUCGCGCAAUCAGAAGAAAAGAUUGCCAACCUGCAGUCGGAGAUUAAUUCUCUCAUUCAGACGAACGAUGCGCUACGGAAGGAACUAGAAACCGUCCGUAAUGACGCGAAGGAACCACUUGACAGCGGUAAGUUGCGCGAAGAAAAUAAGAGAUUAGAGGCGCAGCUCGACGAAGCGUUGAUUACAUUCCAAGCGAAGGAAACGCAAAUGCAACUGGCGAAUAACGAACUGAGGUCGCAAACUAAUCAAUUGAGGGAACAGCUGAAAACCAACGAGGAUGAGCAAGGAAUGAGACUGAAACAAUUAGUCAAAGAAUUCCAAGCUCAGCUGCAUGACAAAGAAGAGGAACUCCAAGCGGCGUUGGAGAAACGUUUCGAUCGCCAACACAAUUACGAAUCCAAUAUUGUUCAACAAUACAAGGAGCAAUUGAAAGAUUGCCAAAUAGAGCUGUCAGAGAAAUCAGAGCAGCUUGAGAGCCUUGUUCUAGAGAAGAAAGAUGAGGUAGCGGAGAAAGGAAAGGAUAUCGAUCGCUUAGUAGAAACAAUCGCACAGAUUAAGAGGGAACACGAAGACAACGUAAAAGAAUUGGAGAAAAAGUGGAAGGCCAUAAUUCAGCAAAAAAUCGAUAAUCUGCAAGCUAAGCAUGAGGAGGAAUUGAAUGAGUUAACAAAAGAAUGGCAAAACGAAAGAAAACCUGAUGCACAAACUGAUGCAAUUUCUAAGGAAUUAGAGAGCACUUCACGCGUGGCGAUGGCCGCGAUACAGACGAGUACCGGCUCGAUUCAUACUCUACAGCAGACCUUGACGUCUCAGAGGCGAGAACUCGCCGAGCUCAGAAAGUUGGUAAACUUGCGGCAUGAUACGUUAGAAGAUUCAACGGAGAUUGAAUAUCUCAGGAACAUUCUAUUCGAAUACAUGAUGGGAAGAGAGACGAUGGUGCUCGCCAGAGUAAUCGCCGCCGUCGUCAAGUUCGAUCAAGAACAGACCGCGAAGAUACUUAAGAAGGAGGAGGACAAGCUAACUUUGUUUGGCUCGCUUGGUCUCACGUAGUCCGAGAUGUAUAAUUUUUUUGUAUAGCAGAAUUCUAUAGGCAAUUGAUGCGUUUCUCUGCAGAGUAACCCUACGUUUCUACAGGCCGCUCGUGCCCGAGCUGUAUAUCUUCGGUUAAAUGUAAUAUGUUACAUAUAAUGAAGAAACCAAGAAUUUGUACAAAGUAGCUACAAUAUUUGCAGAUUUUUAUAAAUAUUAAUUUAACAGAAUGUUAUGGUGUGUGAUAAGGAUUAUAUAAUAUAGAAAUAUAAAUAAUGUAUAAAAUGUAUGCUUACCUGUGAUUUACGUCGCGUAAAAGAUAAAUCACAUGUGGUGAACGCGCGUUGGGAGUAUGUAUCUUCACGAUAAACGCUUUUUACGUUAAGAACGUGGCAAUGUCUCGUAAGUAUGUACAACAUACUAAUGUGCGUAUAUACAUAAUUGUAAUUAAUAAUGUAUAUUGCUAAUGAAUAUACUGUUUCAAAUAGUUUA